GAGGUGUUUUCACCGGAUCGCGCUGAGAGCGGGCUGCAGCGGCGGCUCCGGGGGUCUGACCGAGGACGCGUGCUCCGCGGUGAAGCGUGACACAGACCGGCGCUUGUGUUUCUGACACGGUCUUACAGCGGCAUCACAAUUCAGCGGUCCUCGAUGCGUCUCUGCGCCAGCGGAUUAUCAUUCAUUUGUCUGAUGCUUUCAUGAGAAACAGCCGCAGCGUCUGAUGGUGAGCCGCGAGUGUCCAGAGCUGUCAGGAUCCGGAGAGUAACGUUAAACCGGCCGCAGAUGAAGGAGGCGUGUCGCAUCUGCGCACGCGAGCUGCGCGGAAACCAGCGGCGAUGGAUCUUUCAUCCGGCCGCCAAACUCGACCUGCAGGUGCUGCUGUCUCACGCGCUGCGCCGCGGUCUGCAGCGGGACGGACGCGGCGAGUUCAUCUGCAGCAAGUGCUGCUUCAUGCUGGACCGCAUGUUCCGCUUCGACACGGUGAUCGCGCGCGUGCAGGCGCUGUCCCUCGAGCGGCUGCGCAGACUCCUGCAGGAGAGAGAGCGGCUGCGCCAGUGCAUCACUGCGCUUUAUAACAAAAACAACGGGCUGGAGUCAUCGGGGGCGACGGAGGCGGUGCACGGCGAGUACUGUGCGCUGCUGCAGGAGGACCUGAUGUACUGCAUGCAGGAGUCCUGGGCAGGAGACGAGGAGGAGGCACUGGAGUGCGCCCACAAUCCUCGGUGCAGCCGGUGCAGGGACUGCAGGGCGCUGCGUGUGCCCGACUCGCACUACGAGGCCGUGUGUAAGGUGCCCAGGAAGGUGGCAAGGAGCAUCUCCUGUGGGCUGUCGUCGCGUUACGUGGCCAGCGGCGCUGACGAGCAGACCACGACCUCAAACACACUCCUGCCCGAGACGAGCCUGUCAGACAGUCAGCGCACACUCCGAGACUGCGAGAGCUGCGCCGUCUCGCUGCAAUCGCUGGACAAGAGUCACAGAGCGUCUGAGGAGCGUCUCGGAGCGUCUGAGGAGCGUCUCGCUGUAUCUGAGGAGCGUCUCGGAGCGUCUGAGGAGCGUCUCGCUGUAUCUGAGGAGCGUCUCGGAGCGUCUGAGGAGCGUCUCGCUGCUUCUGAGGAGCGUCUCGGAGUGUCUGAGGAGCGUCUCGGAGCGUCUGAGGAGCGUCUCGCGUUUGCUCUGUUGCUGCUGCAGGACUGUGUGUAUAGGCCCAUCCGGACUCAAAGGGGCAGCAAGCUUCCUGUUUUGAUGAAUCCUGCUUUUUUUAAUGAAAGCGAUACAUUGGACAGUCCAGACCAAGAGAACCUGUUUGACGGAGCGAACCGCAUGCUGGAGGAACCAGAGCUAGAUCCGGUGCCGGAGGAGCUGUGGGAGCAGGAGGAGUACCUGCCCUUCUGUCUCAGGAGCCUCCCGAAGAGUCUGAUAGAAGAGCAGCAGCUGCAUCAGUACGAGCACGCCGCUGGACAGUGUGUGAAUGAACUGCAGCAAGCGCAGCUACAGCUGGAGUCUCUGCAGAACCAGAUCCACGAGAGUGAGACCAGCAACCAGGUGCUGCAGGAGAAACUGUGUGAGAUGGAGUCAGAGCUCCGGUCCAUCAGACAAGCUGCUCAGAACCAAGAGAGAACCAUCCAGAACCUCACAGACAGCCUGAGAACUAAAGACACAGAGACUCAGGAGCUGUACCGCGUGAUUGAGGGCCAGAACAACACACUGCGUAAAAUCACAGAGACCCACCAGCAGCAGCUGCAACACACACAGACUCCAGAGGGCGGCGUGGACUCAGGUUUGGUUCUGGGCUCCCAGAGUUCUCUGUUCUCGUGUCAGCUGGAGUUGGAGGCGAGUCAGCGCGCUCACAGACUGACUCAGAGACGUCUGGAGGAUCUGACGCGAGAGCGAGAGCGACUGCAGAACGACUUCCAGGAGGCGCUGCAGCACAGAGACGUCAGCCACAAACACAACCAGGAGCUGCGUGAGAUAGUUGAGCAGCUGCGGUCUGAGCUGCAGGUCAAAGUGUGUGAGCUGAGAGAUUGUGAAGCCUCGACUCGCUCAGAAAUCACUGACCGAGACAAAAGCAUGGCACAGCUCCAGCAGAGCUUAUGCCGCAAAGACGUGCUGCUGCAGGAGUAUGCAGAGCUGCAGAAUGACUCGUGUGACUUCAGCGGCCGCGAGGACAGAGAUGCACUGCUGCAGACGCUGAGGAGCCGCAUCCGAGACAGAGACGCCGCACUGGAGCGCUCAAUCGAUGAGAAGUUCCGCUGUCUGGAGGAGAAGGAUGGUGAGGUGCGUCGACUGCAGCUGGUGCUCCGCGAGAAGGACCGAGACCUGGAGAGAGUGCGCUGCGUCCUCGACAACAACAACGACACCAUCACGGGUUUGGAUGCUCUGGUGCGCAGUAAGGAUCUGGAUCUGGAGAGAACACAGGAGAGCUGCCGGAAACUGGAGUGGAUGAAACAGCAGAGCGAUCAGAAACACACGCUCGCUGUACGGGAGAGAGACGGCAUCAUUCAUCAGCUGCAGACGGCGCUGCGCUCACACAGCAGAGAGAGCGAGGAGCUCAGGUCAGUGUUGCUGGGAGAAGUGUCCUCCACUGACGUGCUCCAGGAGCUCCAGUCCCAUCUGUCCGUGAAGGAGCGUCUGUUUCAGGAAGUGAUGUCAGACCGCAGCCGGCAGACGCAGGAACACCACAGACAGCUGACGGAGCUGCUCCACACCAUCAGCUCCAGAGAUCAGGACAUGAAGGAUUAUGGCCAGCGGUUGGGCCGGGUGAUUUCCGAGCGAUCGGGUCAGUUGCAGGAGUUGCGCCGACAGCUAGCGUCACGAGAACAGGAGCUGAAUGACGUGAACAGGCAGCGAGAGAAAGAUGUUUCUGCGUCCAGAGAGCUGCAGAGACUUCAGAACGUUCUCAAGGAGAAAGACGCCUUUAUACAGGAGUUACUGCGGGGUCCGAGUGAGAUGUUGAACUCCACACCAGCACCAGCUCAGGCCGUGUGUACGAGCAGCUCAGUUGAUCUGGAUGUACAAGCCAUCAGAGAUGAACUACAGCUGACCCUGAAGAAAGACAGAGAGACUGAGCGGGAGCUCUCAGAGAUGCGCUCGGUUCUGGCUGCAGGGCAUUACGACACAUCAAGCUCUGAUCGGCAGUGUGUCCUGCAGCAGCUCGUGUCGGAGCAGCAGGCGCUGAAUGAAGCUCUGAGAGCAGAGAAGGGUGUUUAUGAGAAGCUCAGACGUGUCCAGAGUCAGGACGACAGCAGCGCUGAGAAGCCUGGAGCGCUGCACGCCGAACUGGACUCGCUUCAGGCGCUGCGCCAACAGCUGGAAGAAACCCUGACGAGGGCCCGCGAGACGGCGCUGGUGCUGGAUCGGGCUGCGCUGAUCCAGACCGACUAUGGAGAAUCCAGCAGUGAUGAAGAUGAAGACGAUCGUGACAGCAGCAGCAGUGAGGAGUUCCCAGACAGCAUAGAGGACGAUGAGAUCAAACUGACGGCUCAGAGUCUGACGAGCGCGCAGAGAGCUGAGGAGUUCGGCAGGGAGCUGAUGUCUUGCAAUGCAUCAGAGCAGAGAAACCAAGAUGAAAGUGAGUCGGGCUGCUCCUCACUCGCUCGGUCCAGGAACGCUCUGAAUGAAGACGAGUCUGGAUUAGCAGCGGAUAAGGAGGAAUCUGUCAGGUGUCGAGGGUCGGAGAAGCGUGAAACAGAAAGGCCAAACUCCCGUGAGCCUCAGAGAGUUUACCGUACGUUCCAAGAGGAGGAGGAGGAAGAAUAUGAUGAUGAAGAUGGAGAGGAAGGGGAAGAUGUAAGGGGCCCUCAGGGCAAGCGUGGGCCCCCGAGUGUGAAGCUGCGGGAGGGGAGGUGGAAGAGGAGGUGCACCAGACCUCAUUCCCUGGACCUCGGAGCUCUGCUGUCUCACAAACCUGCAGCCCAGCACACAGUUCAGGAUGUAAGAAUGAAACGGGUCGUGGGUGACAGCAGCGGUUUGAGCCCAGGAGGGAGUGGAGCCAUCGGCUUCUGGCAGCACGUGGAGGUAGGGCUUCGGGAGCAGGCGGAGCGUCUCCGUAGCGACCUCGCCGUGAGUCGUCAGGAGAGCCGCGAGCUGCAGGAGAGACUGAUGGUGUCAGAGGCAACGGUGCAAGCGCAGGCAGAACAACUGAAAGACUACAGAGAGCUGCUGACUGAGAGUGCUGUGCAGCAGGACAGUAAACAGGUGCAGGUGGAUCUUCAGGAUCUGGGAUACGAGACGAGUGGCCGCAGCGAGAAUGAAGCUGAGAGAGACGAUGCCAGCAGCCCCGAGUUUGAUGAGCUGGAGACGGGCGUCUCUCUCUCGGUUUCGGUGAGCAGACGCAGCGGCUGGAACGCAGACAGCGAUGGUACGCAGACAGAUGACCCAUCCUCGCUGAAGCGUCUGGUGCAGGAUCUGCAUUCACAGCUCUCUCGCAGCCACAAAGUGAUCCGCGGCCUGCAGCUGCGCAUCCGCUCGCUCUCAAACACCUCCGACUACGCUUCCAGCCUGGAGCGCACGCCGCGCAAGGUGAACUGGGCGUUUCAGGUGAGCUCGGCUCACAGCGGUGCGGAAGAGGACGAGGGCUGGCAGUCAGACGGGCCGCUGAGACCCAGCCGCGAGCUGCAGGAGCUGGUGAGCCGCGUGACGCUGCUGGAGACGCAGAUCAGGAACUCUGCACGCGAGGGAAAGAGCGGCCCGGAGGACGGGAAAUGUGCCACCUGGCCCGGGAAGUACAACACACUGAUCCAGGCACAGGCACGAGAGCUGUCACACCUGCGGCAGAAGAUGCGAGAGGGCCAGGGCAUCUGCCACAUCCUCACACAGCACUUGAGUGACACGACCAAAGCCUUCGAGGAGCUGCUGCGUGCCAACGACAUCGAUUACUACAUGGGCCAAAGCUUCCGAGAGCAGCUUUCCCAGAGUUCCUCACUCGCUCACAGAGUCAGCACCAAGAUCAGUGGACGUGAUCGUUCAGAGCAGCAAGAUGAUAAAACGGGUCACGAGCUGCUAGCGCUGAGGUUGAGUAAGGAGCUCCAACACAAAGAUCAAAUCAUCGAGUCUCUCCACACCCAGUUACAGCAGCGUUCGGACACGCCCUGCAGCAGCCACGCCCCCUCCGAGACAACAGACCAAUCAGACUGCACCUCGUUUGUGUCCAAUGAGAGAGGAUCUACCAAUGAGGACGUGGACCUGUGCUCAGAUAUGGAUGCUGCCAGUGAGUUUCCACAGGAGGAGCCCCGACCCAAAGACAGAGGUGUGUUCACAGGACUCUUGCCCAGCUCACAGCCUCUGAUCCAAACCCAGAGCUGGCCUGCUCACGCUAACCCCAUGACCUUUACCCCCCUGACCUGCCCUGACCCCGAGCGCAGGAUCCUGACUGUCCCAGCACAGCGGAGGCCGCCCAUGAGAACUUUCAGCGCUCCUCACUCGCUCUCCAGCUAUCAGCUGACCGUGCAUUCCAUCGAUUACACGCCUGUAUCCCAUCAUGCACUGGGAAACAGUGGAGGCCCAUCUCUGCAAACAGAUGCAUUGUGGGACAUGGAGAAUAUGAUUCAACCAGUUAGAGGUUUUGAUGGAUCAUCUUAUUAUCAGUCUGGCAACAGCCAAUCAGUGCCUCCAACCAACAUCUUUAUCCAGAGUCAUGAUGCAGUCAGUCAACUGACCAAUGAAGUCAGAGCGUUAAAGGAGGAAAAUAUGGCACUACAGUCAAGGUUACAAGCCAGCAGAGCCCAGCAAUCUACAGACCACGUAGAUAUCAUUUGUGGACAACAUUGCCAAACAUACAACUGCAGUGAAGAGGCAGAGCAGCUCCAGGAGGCGGUGCUUUCUGGGCGUGUCCGUCUGCAGCAGGCGGAGUUAGAGGCGGAGCAAUGGAAGGAGGAGUUGAGGAGGCUGCAGACACACAACUGUGAACAAAGCCAACAAAUCCAACAACUGCGACAGGACAGACAAAACAGUCAGGAGCACAACAACAGACUGCAGCACGAGGUGACUUUACUCCUGCAGCAGUUAGCAGAGAGCAGACAGCUGCUACACUCCCUACAGAGUGAACUACAGCUGUACGACCGCGUGUGUGGCAUGAGAAAGAGCGCCGCUGCAGGGUUGGUGUGUGGCGUGCGCUGCCCGGCGGUGGAGCUCGGGGAGCUGCUGGUGGAGGUUCGGGCUCUAAGGGCCCAGCUGGAGCGCAGUGUGCAGGAGAACAGUGCUCUACGAGCUCAGAUGCAGAAACAGCUGGAUCAUUGCAUCGAUCAGCGCCCGUCGCCCAUCAUCCCGGCCAGUCCGCUGCGGGAUGUGCUUUACCGCCGACAGCUUCUGCACGACCCGUCUCCGUCUCCUCCUGUCAGAGACGUGGGGCCCCUGUACUCGCCGUACUCCGAGAUAGAGGAGAGCGCUGUGAACACUAACGACUCACUGGAGCCUCAUGCGGAUCUGGAAGGAGAAGCUCCGGACGGCUCGUUCGCUAACCGUAACGGGCGGCACGCCAUCGGUCACGUGGACGACUACAGCGCCCUGCAGCAGCAGGUGAUGGAGGGCCGGGCGCUGGUGCAGCGGAUGGAGGCGGCGCUACAGUCGAGUCUCAGCUCUGCCCUGCUGGAGAUCAGCGGAGGAAAGGCUCUGGACUACAGCACAGUGAAAACGCUGCUCUCCGACACCAAGACCUUGUGUCAGAUUCUGGACGAAGCCGUGUCUCUGCUCAAGAUGUUCUGGCGGGCGGCGCUUCCGAGCAGCGACGGUCCCACUCAUCUCAUUCAGAGGGAGCAGUCGAUGCGUGAGGAGAUCCAGUCGCUGCGUUUGCGGAUCGCUGAACAGGAGGAUGUUCUUCAGGGAACCAUCCAGCGUCUGCGCUGCUCCAACCGAACCAAAGAAAGCAUGGAGACCUUCAUCGUCAACCAGCUUUCCCGGACACGAGAUGUGCUGAAGAAAGCACGAGUGAAUCUAGAGAAGAAUGAGCUCAGGAUUUCCUCUCUAAGCUCCUCCUCUUCCUCUCUUUGCCAUGGUAAAGUCUUCACAGGUGUGUCCCCUGCAUCUUCUGCGAUCGCCGUGGAAACAGCCAAUCUGCAGCAACCUGCCAAGAAGCGUGUCAGGGAGUGACAUGAGCUUUCUGCCUCCCGUUAAACCAGCUGACAACCGGUCAACACCUCUAACUCACCCGCCUUACCCUCCUCUGUCACCGCUUCUGU